AGCUGCACAGCACUUGGCAACACUGCUAUAAAAUUGUUUAUUUACAUGCGUUCGCAUGGAUUCCUCGGGCCAGGAGCUGCAUCCCAAUUGGCGAGCUCUGACAACAUUGCAUGUGCCACUGAAACGCUUUGUGCGCGCAGGGGCUGCCGAGCAGGAGCGCGGCAAGGCAAAGGUGGCGAAACAAACAAUCGAUGGCGGAAGCGGCGCUGAAGUGCAGCAGUUCUACAGGGAAAUUCUGGAUACGCCCACAACAGCAAAAGUCACCAGCAAACCCACAAAUACUGACACGUCCAGACAAGCCAAAGAACAGCCACAAGCGCUGCCCUAUGACAGAAACAGAUUCUUUCGCCUGGCCACAAGCAACAAUGUGGAGCAGCUGGCCCAGAUGUGCAUUGCCGAGGAGCAGCAGCUAAAUGCCUGCGAUUCGUAUGGCUGGACGGCGCUGAUGAUGGCUGCCUGCGAGGGCGCGGCAGAUGCAGUAGCCUGGCUGCUGCAGCUGGGCGCCGAUGCGGAUGUCGCAGACAAAAGCGGCAACACGGCCCUGCGACUGGCCAGCAAGAAAGGCCACACGGGAAUUGUGCAGCUGCUGCAGCGGGAAAGCAGCUCCAAUGCGGCCGCAGCCCAGCUGGAAGAGGGGCCCAGCGACACAGCUGCUGCACCCUUCUAUUGUGGGGUAUGCCAAAGGGAUUACAGCGAGUCCAGUUGGCGCGCCCAUCAGACCUCGACGGUGCAUCGGUUCAACAUGAAAUCGCUGCCCGCCCACAGAUUACAAAAGUUCAACAUCCCGGCACGAAAUCGUGGCCUACAGCUGAUGGUUAAACAGGGCUGGGACCGUGAGCACGGCCUGGGACCGAGCCAAAGCGGACGCCUCUAUCCGGUGAAGACCGUGUUGCGCAAACAGCGCACCGGCCUGGGCAUUGAGCAGUCCCCGGCGCGUGUCACACAUUUCGGAGCCUUCGACACAAAUGCCACCAAGCAUCGCAAUCGGAAUCCCUUGCCGCCGCAACAGCGACACACUCGCAACGACAUGCGGCGGGAGAAGGUGCGAGAAUGGAAACGGGAGCGCCGACUGCGCAAUGAAUUGAGUUGACUCGGAAUAAAGAUUGGAUUGAAUUGGAUUGUUACAUGUCA